AUGAUUGGUCUCGGUUUCGUGCAUGGUGUCUGUGUUGCCGCGGGCCUCCCCUUAUGCUCCAGGCAACCAAAACUUGUUGUAAGGUUGAGAAUCAAAUGCUCUACCAAAGUUGGAAUUUGUAGCUGCAGGCAACAAUUACUGGAAAAUGUAGACAAGGAAUUAUCCAAAGGGGAUGAGAGAGCUGCUCUUGCACUUGUCAAGGAUUUACAAGGCAAUUCCGACGGGCUUCGCUGUUUCGGCGCAGCCAGGCAGGUUCCUCAAAGGCUUUACACAUUGGAUGAGUUAAAGUUAAAUGGAAUAGAAACUGCGUCUCUUCUAUCACCGGUGGACACAACUCUUGGUUCCAUUGAGCGAAACUUGCUUAUUGCUUCUAUUCUUGGAGCUUUUGCCGCUUGGAAUGUCCUUGGAAUUUCCCAACAACAAAUCUUCUAUAUAUCAUUGGGAUUGUUGUUUCUCUGGACUUUUGACUUGGUUUCUUUUGGCGGAGGUCUUGGUAGCUUGGUUGUUGAUACAAUUGGUCAUAACUUCAGUCAGAAAUACCAUAACAGAGUUAUUCAACAUGAAGCUGGCCACUUUUUAAUCGCGUAUCUAGUUGGAAUACUUCCUAAAGGAUAUUCAGUUUCUAGUUUGGAUGCUCUGAAGAAGGAGGGAUCUCUCAAUAUUCAAGCAGGCACGGCGUUUGUGGAUUUCGAGUUUGUUGAAGAAGUUAAUGCAGGGAAAGUAUCAGCUACCACAUUGAACAAGUUUUCAUGUAUAGCCCUGGCCGGGGUAUGCACUGAGUAUCUUAUAUACGGAUUUGCUGAAGGAGGUCUAGAUGACAUAAGAAAGUUAGAUUCUUUGCUCAACGGGCUAGGCUUCACGCAGAAGAAAGCGGAUUCUCAAGUUAGAUGGUCUGUGCUAAAUACGGUCUUACUUUUGCGUCGACAUGAAGUAGCUCGAGCUAAGCUUGCUGAGGCGAUGUCUGCAGGAAGUUCGGUAGGAUCCUGCAUUGAUAUUAUAGAGAAUUCUAUCGAUGUUUCGGAUCUAUAA